AUGCAGCCGGCGCCAUACACUCUAGAGAUUUACAUUGAAGGACAAAAGGUACAGACGGAAAUCGAUACAGGAGCAUCCGUGACGAUAAUCCGGGAAAACGCUGUAAAAACGCUCCCGAACCUAUCCGCUUGCAAUUCUGUUCUUCGCACAUACACCGGUGAACCUAUACGUGUCCUUGGUAAAUGCUUCAUGAAGGCACAGUAUGGCGACAAAAUACGCACACUUCCUGUAUAUGUGAUCCCCGGGGAUCGUCCAAAUCUGCUUGGAAGAGACUGGAUACGUGCUUUCCCGGAUACAAUGAAUGUGGUAAAAUUAGUCACCGAGAUCUCCGGACUUGAAACAUUACUUAAACAACAUUCAGCUGUUUUUUCCGAGGAGCUUGGGAAGUUGAAAGAAUUUCAGGCUGCGAUAAAACUAAAGGAAGGCGCUCGACCAAAAUUCAUUAAGGCGUGCACACUACCAUACGCUAUGAGGCCUAAAGUUGAAGAGGAACUAAAGCGCCUACAGACUCAAGAUAUUAUUACUCCUGUACACUUUUCAGACUGGGGAACUCCAAUUGUGCCAGUAACCAAACCGGACGGCUCCGUACGGAUUUGUGGUGAUUACAAGAUAACCAUAAAUCAAGCAUCCAUGCUGGUCAGGUACCCCUUGCCACGUAUUGAUGACUUGUAUGCAACACUAGCUAGUGGUGAAAAGUUUACCAAACUCGAUCUGAGUCAUGCGUACUCGCAGAUAGAGCUCGAUGAACCUUCGAGGAAACUUACUAACAUCACCACGCACAUGGGACUAUUUCAAUAUACUCGUUUACCUUUUGGCAUUAUUUCCGCCCCCGGACGAUUUCAGAGCAUUAUUGACGACCUAGUGAAGGACAUUCCUUUUGCUUGUGCUUACCUGGAUGAUAUUCUUAUCUUUGGACGCUCGGAUACAGAGCAUCUUCGAACACUCGCGGUCGUGCUCGAACGUUUGGAGCGAAGUGCAUUCAGAUUGAAAAGGUCUAAAUGUGAGUUCCUUUCACCUUCCGUUUGUUACCUUGGAUACCGGCUUGAUAAACACGCUUUACAUGUUUUAAAUGACAAGCUUAAACCUAUUUUAGAAAGACCAGAGCCAAAGAGUUGUGAUGAACUCCGUUCGUUCUUAGGAAUGCUAUCUCACUAUCGCCGUUUCCUGCCUAAUGCAUCGACGGUUCUAUCGCCAUUAAAUGAGCUGUUACACAAAAAUGCAUCAUGGUGUUGGGGUUCCUGUCAAAAAGAUGCCUUCAAUAAAGCAAAACAAGCUCUUGCUUCGCCACCAACGUUAGUCCAUUUUGACUCUAACAAGCCACUCAUACUUCAGUGCGACGCGCCCCCUUGGGGGGUCGGGGCUGUCCUGUGCCACCGCAUGGACGAUGGUUCUUUACGUCCCAUAGCAUAUGCAUCGCGCACCUUACAGACGGCGGAGAAGAACUACUCACAACUGGACAGGGAAGCGCUAGCCGUUAUCUUCGGAGUUAAGAGGUUUCACCAGUAUUUAUGGGGAAACGUUUUCGAGCGUCAUAAAGACCACAAACCAUUGAUAUCCUUGUUUGGGGAAACCAAAGGUAUACAACAAAUGGCAUCACCGAGGAUGCAAAGAUGGGCUAUAACCUUGAGUGCUUACAGUUACAAGAUUGUUUAUAUUACCGGCGUCAGCAACUGCACAGCUGAUGCACUCAGCCGUCUGCCGAUCACGGAAACUGCACAUGAACACGACCCUCCGUUUGAACUGGUUAAUCUAAGGCAACAUCUAGACACAACACCGAUACGGAGUUCAACAAUCCGUCAACGGACGGAUCGAGACCCCCGUGCUAUCAAUGGUGAAACACUUUUUGAACAUGGGUUGGCCCCCUGA